AUGUCUGGCGAACAAGCUGCUGUGACCGAUGAUCUUAUCCAGGGUACGUGUGUUAUCGCUGGAACUUCUUUAAUGGUGUUAUUUGAUUCUGGUGCUACACACUCAUUCAUAGCUGAGGAAUGUGUGGAAAAGUUAGGAUUACUAACUGCUGAUUUACCAUUCGAUUUGGUGGUGACGACCCCUGUCGCCGAUCGAUUAGUUACGCGCACGACAUGCUUGCAAUGUCCGUUGAUUUAUGAGGAUCGGAAGUUUCUUGCGAACCUCGUCUGUUUGGGGCUUAAAGAGCUCGAUGUGAUUCUGGGAAUGGAUUGGUUGGCGCAGUAUCACGUUCUCUUGGACUGUGCUAACAAGGCCGUAGUCUUCCCGGAUCCUAGCGUUACGGAUUACUUGAAUUCGUGCAAUUUGGGAAAGGGUUCACCAGCAUUCGUGAACUCUAUCGUGGCUGAGGCGAAGAACGACGCCGACGUACACAACAUUUUGGUGGUGCAAGACUUUGUGGAUGUAUUUCCAGAUGAUGUGCCUGGAUUACCGCCAGUAAGAGAAACGGAGUUCUCCAUUGACAUUAUGCCCGGUACAGGACCGAUAUCAAUGGCGCCAUAUCGGAUGGCACCAGCAGAGUUGACGGAGUUAGCAAAGCAGUUAGAGGAUCUCUCCUCCAAGGGAUUCAUCCGACCGAAUGACAUUCAGCUAAAGGAUGAUCUGACGGUGGUGAUGCCACCCAUCAAGAUCGUCGACAGGAGCACGAAGCGCUUGAGAAACAAGUAA